UUGCUAUGGACACAAUCUUUGUUGUUUUCAUGUUCAUGUGAACUACUUUUAGGUCUCUCAAGUCAAAAUUAAUUUGUGAUGGAGGUUGAAAACAUGGAAGUAGAUGAUAUUCCUGAGGAAGUGCCAGAGCCUUGUGGCACUGAAGAUUAUCAGAGACAAGCAGCAACAUCAGAGACAUCAUCACAUAUCCCAUACUCUGUCAGUACCAGCAGCACAGACAGCAUAGUAUCAUGCCGGAUCUGCAAAAGUGGAGGGGGGUCAGACCUGGUGCCAUCUCCUUGCCAUUGCAAAGGUUCUAUGGGCACAGUUCAUAUAUCCUGUUUGGAAGAAUGGCUUACAGGAUCUACAAGGGACUCUUGUGAACUCUGCUCAGUCCCCUUUCACGUCGUCCGUACCCGCAAGUUCUCCUGCGGUGAGUCCCUCUGGUUCUACCUGCGUCAUCACAUCAGUCCCUUCAGGCUUCUCCGUGACACGUUUUUCCUCUUUGUCUCACUUAUGAACACUUCUAUCCUGCUCUACAUGUGGCUAGUCUACAUAUUCAAAGAUGUCCUCUCCUUUCUAGGUACUGCUCCUGGUACUAAACAGACAGCCCUGGACUACGUGAUGUUCGAUAACCCUGUGAAGGGGUGCUGCUCUACUUCUUCUUCUUCACCCUAUGUCUGGUGUUUGUCUCUGUCAAUGCAGUAGAUGACUUCCGCAGGAUAUUCUACUUCUACUUCCUGCCGUGGUACAACUGGUGGAAGAAUGAAGUCGAUGUCAAACUAGUUAUCCAGAGAAACGACGGUGACAAGCCAAAAGACCAAUAAAUAAACAAUCCUCCUACCUUUUCUUUUUAA